AUGUCUGAUUCGGAGUACACCCCAGCCAAAGUUUGGCAAUGGAAUAGCGAAAGCGGUGGCAAAUUCGCCAACAUCAAUCGACCCGUUGCCGGCCCGACCCACGAGAAAGAUCUACCGGUCGGUAAGCACCCGUUGCAACUUUACUCGUUGGCCACGCCCAACGGUGUGAAGGCAACGGUGAUGCUCGAGGAGCUGUUAGCCCUGGGCGAGCCAGGGGCAGAGUACGACGCCCACUUGAUUCGAAUCACUGAAGGCGAUCAAUUUUCAAGCGGCUUCGUUGACGUUAACCCCAAUUCUAAAAUUCCGGCACUGCUUGACUGUACUACUUCGCCGGAGACUCGCGUGUUUGAGUCGGGGUCGAUUUUGCUUUACCUAGCCGAAAAAUUCGCUGCCCUGGUUCCGACCGAAUCGGCGGCUCGUGCGGAAUGUCUGUCCUGGUUGUUCUGGCAAAUGGGCAGUGCGCCAUAUCUUGGCGGCGGCUUUGGUCAUUUCUACGCCUAUGCGCCAAUGAAGAUCGAGUAUUGCAUCGAUCGGUUCGCGAUGGAGGCCAAGCGACAGUUGGACGUACUCGAUAGAAACCUGGCAGGACGGCGCUUCCUUGCUGGCGAUAAAUACACCAUAGCCGACAUUGCUACGUUUCCGUGGUAUGGCAAGUUGGUGAUCGGCGAAUUGUACGAAGCACAAGAGUUUCUCGACGUCUCUUCUUACCAACACGUCGCCCGCUGGGCUCAGGAAAUUGACGCACGGCCAGCGGUGCAGCGUGGUAUGCGAGUAAACCGAGUCUGGGGUCCUGAGGAAGCGCAGCUAGCCGAACGGCACGAUGCGGCUGACCUCGACUAA